GUUGCCACCGUCGACGGCAUCGGAUUCCAUGGCAGCGAUGAACUCGUUCAUCCAAGAGCUGCGCAAUCUGAGCAGCACCAGCAGUGCGAUGAGCAACAGUAGCUUCGAUUCGGGUUUUUCGGCUUCGUUCACCGGGGACUCCAACGUCGGCAGUGGCCGGGCCACAGCCAACACCACGCAACCACAGCAACAGCAACAGUCGAACAUCAUCUGGGGCAACAAGUCGCUCUGGGGUGUGCCUCCUCCGAGCCCAUCUCCAGGAGCGAUCAAGUCACCAUCGGCGCCCGUAACGGAACCGUCUAGUUCUACUAACAAUAACAGUAUGUACGCAACUAGCAAAGAUUCCUCCGGUAAUUCUUCCGGCUCCAUAUGGGCCACGGCGGCGGUCAGUCCACCCUCGAUCCCCUCCCAAACCCUGUCCUCGAACUUUUCCGCCAAUAUUUGGGAGAAUUCAGGUAUGAAAGCAAAUCCGGAAACGCUCGGCUCGAUCUGGAUGAUUCCGAAUGCCGAGCGCGGCAAUGUGUGGGGUUCGAAUUCUCAGCUGCUACGACCUACGGAAAUUGGCUCCGGGGUUCCAACUGUCGGUACUUGUAGCAGCAGCAGUAGUAGUAGUAACAGCAGCAAGCUGAAUUCCCUGUGGGCUCCACCGACGUCGUCUACGUCGUCGUCGUCGUCUUCGUCCUCGGGGAAUGUGUUGAAGUCGCUCCGGCUGGCUGGUACGGUCGGUGCCGGUGGAGGCGGUGCGUGUUCCAGCUUCGGAGGACUCGGUGGGCUCACCACCACUCCUCCAGUGACUGGAGGCAACGGUACCAACAGUGCCAAUGCCGCCCCUUCGUCGACCAUGCAGCUCUUCUCGGACGACUUCCUCAGUUAUCUCAAUAUCAACAAUUAGAGCAAUUUUACAAAUCUGUUAUUUAGUUCGAUUGCGUUUUAUUAUUAUUAUUAUUAUUUUUUUGUCUGACGGUGUUUAGUUUGGAAUUUAUUAUUUUUUUGAUGUUUUUUAUGGAUAUAUAUUUUUCGGUUACUCGUUUACGUAUGAUGCAGAGUGCAUUAUAUCAAGGAAAGUGUUUUCAGUUUUGAAUAUUAUUGAAUCGUGUUGUGUAGAUGUUUUUUUUUUUCGUUUUCGACGGAGUAAACUAAAGCAAAACAAGAAAAAGUCCAUUAUCACAUUUAAUAUUAUCUAAAGCAAAUCUUAAUCGUGUAAGGAUUGUGACAAGCGAGUUGUAUCUCAUUUCUCUAAGUCUAAGUAAAUGCAGAAAGCUAAACAUCAAACAAAAAAA